AUGAUAAACUGUAUCAAGGGUGUUUCGGAAGCUGGCUCUUUUUUGAAACAACGGGGAGAAGCAAAGAAGACAUCUACUGAGGAACCCAAGAAACGAGUUGAUGAUUCUGGUGAACAUGAACUCAAGCCUAAAUUAAAUGAAACGAAGGAAAUUCGAACCCAUCAUGAAGUUGUGAAAAUGGAUGUGGAGAUAGUAGCUAUUUUGCGAAGGAAACCCACUGUGCUACCAAAAGAAGCACCGAAUGAUGUCUCCAAAAUGAAACUCAAAAGAAUUCAAAAAGACAACUGGAGUGUGGCGUUUCAACAAAGUGCUAGAGAUGGUACCAAUGUUCAUAAAUUCUUAUUUUCUUUAUCGGAGAAACAUCUCUAUUCUUCUUCAUAUUUGAACUACAUUGUGGGGAUAACUGAUCAAUACAAGGUGAAUGAUGUUGCAGAUAAAAAGUGA